AUGGGGCUGAAUGAACAAGCAAGUGCUUCGGCGGGGGACAAAUCUGAUAGAAUAUCCUCAAAUAACACUCCAGCAGAUUUCAAAGGAUUCAUUACUCAAAAACAUAAGAUUAAACAUAUUAAGAAGGAUGAGAAUAUUAGCUUGACAGUUUUAAACCACGAUGGGAUUUCAGUUUCUUCUCUCUCUGAUGAGAUUAUUAGGCGUAGAAAUUUACUGAAUUCAGCAGCUGCGGCUGUUGAAAGAAAAGCAAAACGUUUUGCUUUUUUUCAAAUGUCUUACAACUUUAACUUUGUCUCAUGGAAUUGUCGAGGCGGGCUUUCUUUUGCUCGAAAGUGUAGAUUUAUUCGAUCAUUAGUUUCUAAUCAAAACCUUUCUCUUUUGGGUUUAAUCGGAACUAAAAGGGAUUCUUUUAAUGAUUUUAGUAUUCGGAUGUUAUGGCCGAAUUUGGAUUUUGAUUUUUGUUUUGUUCCCUCAAUUGGUGCAUCGGGUGGUUUGCUUUGUAUUUGGAACCCGAAAUUGAUUUGUCCUUCUCGCAUUUUUACUGCUAAUAGAUGGAUUAGCAUGGAUUUCUCUUGGUCUAAUAUUAAUAUUCGAUUUAUUCUGCUUUAUGCAAGUAACAAUCUUAGGGAGCGGGCCUCUUUAUGGAAUGAUAUUCUUCCGGAGGUAGGGACGAAUUCACUUUGUAUUACGUCCGGAGACUUUAAUGAUAUCUUGCACCCAUCGGAAAGGCAUAAUUGCAGCGGCUUUACUUCAUCUAUGGUUGAAUUUUCGGAAUUCAUCUCUUCUCCCAAUCUCGUGGAGGUUAAUUUGCAAGGAAGAUUUUUUACUUGGCAUAAUAGCAUUGCUAGAUCUAAGAUAGAUAGAUGCUUCGUGUCCCCUACAUUCUUCACUUUAUGGCCGCAUAUUACUCUGAAAGCUCUCCCGAUAUCAUUUUCUGAUCUUGUUCCAUUACUCUUCAACUCUGAUUCGGUGUUGGAUUGGGAAGCUCAAGCUGAUAUUGGUGCUCUUGAUGAAGGGGAAGGCAACCGGCUUUCUGGUUUGUAUUCUGAAUUUAACCAACUAUCGAAGAAUCUUGAGUUCCUUUGGCAUCAGAAAUCAAAACUUAACUGGAAUUUACAUGGUGACAGAAACUCCAAAUACUUCCAUACGGUUGCUUCGAUUCACUCUAAGAGUAACCUUAUUUCAGAUAUUCAUAUUGAUGGGGUUUGCUUUCAUAAUCCUGUGGACAUUAAGCGUCAGGUUCACCUUUAUUACAAGGAUUUAUUUCGGAAAAAUUCAGAUGUUAGAUUCUCCCUAGACUCUCUUCCCAUUCGGUCCUUGUCUGAUCAAUAG